CUACACAAAAACCAAUAUUUAUUAUACUUUGUAACGAAUUGUUGAGAGCUCGACAAAAUUCUCCUAAUACACAAAAAAAAUUAUUGGAUGAUACCGAAAAACGCCUUAACAUUCUAUUCGAUGCUUUAAAUAAUGAAGAAGUUUCUCCAAAUGUUAUUGAAUCAUUAUUAACUCUAGUUAGAGAUUUGGAAUCUCGUAAUUUUCCUAAUGCCAUCAGCAUUCAAGUGCAGUUAAUGACUACUAAAAUGGACGAGUGUGGAAAAUG